AUGUCUGAGAAGGAAAGAAGCAAGACGAGCCUCCAUCAAGGCCUCGAUCAUGUCGAGUCUGCGCACUCCGGCGACGACACGGCCGCCAACAUCCCAACUCAGCACAAGAGCAAGCGCUCCUUCUGGCGGUCGCCGCUCUGCGCCGCCUGGAUCCUCGGAGUGUGCAACUUCUGUGCCCCCGGAUUGUGGGGAGCGAUGAACUCGCUCGGAGCUGGCGGCACGGCGUCGCCAUGGAUCAUCAACGCGGCGAACGCGCUCACCUUCUGUCUCAUGAUCAUCACCGCCUUUCUGGCCAGCACGAUCAUGGACCUCGUCGGCGUCAACUUUGCGCUCUUCCUCGGCGGCAUCGGCUUCGCGCCUUACUGCGCCGGCCUCUACUGUAACGUCGUGUACGGGACCGAGUGGUUCGUGCUCCUAGGCGCUGCGUUCUGCGGUCUCUCAGCUGGUCUGUUCUGGGCCAUUGAGGCAGCUGUGGCCAUGUCGUACCCCGAGCAGUUCCGCAUGGGCAAGUUCCUAGGCAUCUGGCUCUCGUUCCGAGUCGCGGGCCAGAUCGUCGGCGGCGCAAUCAACCUGGGCAUGAACGCCGAUGGCGACUAUGCCGGCGCGAUAAACCCCAACGUGUACAUCGUGUUCAUCGUGUUGACGUCGCUGGGACCGUUUAGCAUAGCGUUGACGAGCAAGAUUGCCUUCCUCCUCCCGCGGCCGCACCAGAUCCGGCGCCUCGACGGCGUCGAGCCAAAGCUGUACACGCACACCCCGAUCCUGACCAACAUCAAGGAGACGCUCCGCGUCCUGCUCACGAAGGAGUAUCUCCUCAUCAUCCCUCUGAUCGCGCAGGCCGUCUUCCCCGAGAGCUACACGAACACGUACAUGGCGUCCUUCUUCAGUGUGCGCGUGCGCGCGCUCGGCUCCUUCGUCGCCGCGUGGGCGUGCAUCAUUGUCGGCAACAUUGUCGGCUUCUUCCUCGACCGCCACAACGUGCCGCUGAAGACACGAGCCAGGGCGGGAUUCAUCUUCAUGAUGACUACGCGCGGCGCGUGGUGGAUCUGGAGCACGGUGCUGAUGGCUCACUGGCCCACGCCCGAUACCAUCGACUGGACGAACAGCAAGUACUUUGGCCGCACGUUUGCGCUGUACGUCUUCCUCGGCGCUAGCUUCCAGACGCACUACCUCUAUCUCUACUUCCUCGUCAAGCACUCCGUCAAGAGCUCCAGCGACUCCUCGCGUGCCGCUGGUCUCCUCCGAGCUGUCGAGAGUGCGGCACAGGCUGUCGCGUAUGGCACCAGCUCAGUUGCAAGCUUCGCGCAUCUUGGCUCGUCAUGCCUCAACUUUGCUCUGUGGGGCGUUGCCAUCGUUCCUGCGUGGCUCGUCGUGAGGCGGAUCGGCAUCGACCUCAACGGACCAGAGAGAUAG